AUGGAUUUCAUACAAGUAGUUAUAUUGACUCUUGUAGGAGGGUUGGUAUUAACUCUUUUAUUAUUCCAAUAUCAAUCCAAUGGAUUUGCAUUUCAUAAAUCAUUAAUCCCAAGUGGAUUAUCAUCUUCAAGUUCUUCACCAUAUAAUAAACCUACAUUUUUAAUCUUAGGAGCCAAUAAUAGUGGUAAGACCAGUUUAUAUUAUAAAUUAAUCAGAGCUUCUAAGAAUCGUCAUCUUGAUGAUGAUGAGAAAGUAAAUGAAGGGAUGACUCCCACUGUUUCAAGUAUGGAAUUGAAUGCUACCAGUAUUGAAUUACCAUUUUCAAAUACGGCUAUCACGAAGAAUUAUCAAUUGAUUGAUUAUCCUGGUCAUUUAAAAUAUCAAGAAUUAUUAUAUAAAUUAAUGAUUGAUGAUAUUAAAUUACAAAAAAUUAGAGGGAUUGUAUAUGUAUUAGAUUCAUCAUCCAUAUCUAUAAAUUCAGAAAAUUUAAUUGAAUUAAAAAUUGCUAAAUUUUUAUAUCAAAUUUUUUCUAUCACUGAAAGAAUGCAUAAUGGAAUUGAUUUCUUAUUUGCUGUGAAUAAGAGUGAUUUAUUUGAUAGUUUACCAGUUCAUAAACUUAAAGGAUUAUUAGAAUCAGAAUUAAAUAAAUUAAUCACUGAUGAAUUGAAUUCGGUGAAUAAAAGUUCUGGAAUUGAUAAUGCUAAUGAUGAUGAUAAAGAUGAUAAUGGAGAUGGGAAAAAACCAUCUCAAGAAUCAUUACGUGAAUUCUGGUUGAGUGUGAUUGGAUCAAGAAACAAGGAAUUCACUUUUGAUAAAUUAGAAGGGAAUAUGGAUUUCGUAACUGGUUCUGUACUUCGUAAUAAAAUUGAAGGGUGGGAAAAUUGGUUUGAUGAAAAAGUUGUAAAUAAUUAA